GCGCGAGCGUCUGAUAUUGGUAGCCUUAUUAAUUUAUAAUAGCCUGACCGUAUUCCAUUUCGUACAACGCUAAUUUUAUAUCAGACAAUGUCCAAACUUACUGUGUUGUUUUUGCGCUUUAAAUUAUAGUUAUUGAUAAAUGUCCGAUAAGCAAUGUUUAAUAUGAUUAAUAUCACUUUUAUACGCAAUAACAUGUGGGAUUGAGGUACCCACCCGGCGUCAGAAAGCGCGUAAAACUUCACCGAAUUCCCAGUUAUAAAGCGCUAUUUCGUGUCAAAUACACGGGGAGGCGGCAAUGUUUCGGUAAUAAUUUUGUUAAUAACACGGGUAAAUACCGGUGAAGUGUUAAUUUAUUGCAAAUACCACCAUUACACGUAAUAACGGGUUCGAUUUCGGUAAGCGCGCAAGCGUUUGAGAGCGUGUUUAAUGUACCGAUUUACCCGUUAUAAAUAGCUGAUGUUCUCUUUAAACGUAUAUUUUUUUGCAUUUGCAGAAUAACUAAAUGGCAUCAACCCCUUUACAAGUGUAAUAUGGUGUUAAACAAGUCCAUAAAAUCAUCCGGAAUAUAGCGUAAAUCUAUAUGCAGUCUAUAGGCAAAGAAGCCAUUUUGGUGUUAGUUUGUCUAGGUUUUCUUUCCACUGAGCCACGUGAUCAAGUGGGCGGAGCGAUCACUGAUAAGGCGUCAUGUCAAUUCGUUGAUAUCAAUUAAUAGAAUCACGUAUUUUGUGUAGUUAAAUGUUGCUCAGCAACAUAAUGUAAAACAGAGAUAGCGGCAGACUUUUAAACUCAGCGUCUGGGUUUCCGUUAUUAAUGUUUGCCAGGUAGCUGAGUGGCGGAUAUAUUGAAGCCGUGCGUUUCUUGUGUUUUUAAAUACAGUGCUUCGUCUCACUUCUGUGCAUUACACGUGUGGUAUUUAGAAAUAUAGUUAUGUAUUUUAAAUACAAAAUGGUCUUGUACAUUGUAUAUUUAGUUUUACUUCCAACUGUUUUUUCACAAAUGUCAAGUGAAACAUCAACAUCUAGAAUUAGUAGAAGAUUGGAUAGAAUUGAAGAAGACUUAAGAGCUGAAUUGCGUAAUUUACGAAAGGAUCUGAAAGAAGAAAUAAAUUUUAUAAUAGAGGACAUAUCUGCGCUUUCUACCAGGCUUACGGGAUCUUCAGGACAGGUUGUGAGACAUGACGAAGAACAAGUUUCUAAAACACAACAGGCGUCGUGUGAUUGUGGAGAUAUUGUGAGUCAAUAUGAAAAUGUAAUGAUGGCAUUUAAGAGAGAAAAAUUCGAAAAUAUAUUGCUUCGAAAGGAAUUUCAAGAAAUGAGAAAACAACAUGAUUUUGAAAUCGGAAAUAUCAGCAAAAAGUUUAUUAACAUGGAAUCUAGAUUAAACAAUGCGGAAAAGACAUUACUUUCAGAAAUUGACUCGAUUAAAAAUGAAAAAAUGGCGCAGUUACAUCCAGAAAUAAACACAAUUAAAGACGAAACAAUUGUAGAAUUUCAAGAAAUGAAAAAACAACAGGUUGAAAAAUGUUACAAAGUCGAAACAAGAUUAACAAGUGCGGAAACGACAUUACGUUCAGAUAUAGAAAACAUAAAAAAAGAAAACAUGGCGAUUAACCAUAGCUAUGCUGCGUGUCAAACAUAUAUAAAUAACACGCGUUCUUACUUCAACGACGUGACUAUUCAUUUAAAUGAGUCAUUGACAAACCGUUCUUUGAAUGCAUUACAGGAAAUAGCUCGGAUAACAUCAGAAACUGCUAAUCUUAAAACGUCGAAUGAAAUCUUGAAGAGCAAAACUGAUUUAUUAAUUCGGCAUCUACGUCACUUCCUUCCUCAAUCCUGUGACAGCGUAGUUAAGAGUGGCGAAUAUACAAUAUAUCCCGAUUUGUACAUAGACGGCAUACAAGUUUAUUGUAAUUUGGACUCCACGAACAAGGGAUGGAUAGUUAUACAGAGGAGGAAAGAUGGGUCUGUAGAUUUCAAUCGCCCUUGGGCGGAUUACAAAUUUGGCUUCGGUAUCUUGAGUGGUGAAUUCUGGCUGGGCAAUCACCAUAUCUACCAGCUGACUAAGGACAAACCGAGACAGCUGAGGAUUGAUAUGGAGAUGUUCAAUGGAACAAAGCGAUAUGCGCUGUAUUCUGAGUUUAAAAUAUCAUCAGAGUCUGAGAAGUAUAAGCUCCAUCUGUCCGGAUACACUGGGGACGCAGGAGACUGUUUAUUAACGGAUUUUGACGGUCGUCUUCUUCACAACGGUCGGUCGUUUUCAACUUUCGAUAGAGAUAAUGACCUGUGGGGUGACGGUUGUUGUGCAUGCGGUGCUGGGGGAGGUUGGUGGUUUGAUGCCUGUUUCGGUGCACAUCUAAACGGUAAAUACUUCAAGGAAAAAGAUUCCGUGCCUAAAUUGGGAGGAAUUCAAUGGUUCACGAUCACUGGGUUCAGAAGAUCUUUAAAAUUUGUGCAAAUGAGCAUGCGCUAAGAACGCACAUUAAGACGGAGAUAUGACUUGAUAAAGUAUUUCCAUUGGAGCAAAGAAAAUGAUUGUCAUUCGUAUUGUAUCGAUUGUUUUAAUGUUUUGAUGUACAAUAAAAUAUUGCAUGAUAUUAGUAAACACAUUUCAUGUAUAACUGUUUUAGAAGUCACCUGUGAAAACCAUGUCGCGUAUAAAUGCUUUACAUUUGUAUUUCAAGUGAAAUUCAACUAUCAUGUAAAUUUGUUGCGCUACAUCUACAACUGAAAACUUUUCUAACGCAAUAAUCUUCAAACAAGUAUUUUUCAAACACGAAUGUCUCAAGUGUAAGUAAUGAUUUAGAUUUAAAAUUGUAAAUGUUAUCAUUUUACACCAUUCUGUGGACGCUCACGAUAAAAUCAUUCUUCCCUGACAAUCAGACGCUUAAGCACGUGGGGUAGGUAUUGUUUCAUCUUGCUGCAGCUGGAAAUUGUGAAACGCGAUAUAAUGUUAAUUUUAUUUGGAUGUCAUCAUUUUAAGUGGGUUGUUACGCUAGGAUAACAUAAAAAUAAUUCAAAAACAGUAUUGUUCGAAUGAAUAUUUCUGGAACGCAACCGCGCAGUUGGCAUUUUGCAGGCUACAUACCACACGUGCUAAAGCGUAUGAUCGUCGCGGAUGUAGCCUUUUAUCUUGAGCUUGCACAAAAUGUAGUCAAAUUAUCACAUAUACAAACUGACUCAUAAGUGAGUUAGUCAGUUUGAUAAAUGUUGGUUUAGAAAAGUCUCCAAGUGAGCGGUGCGUCAGAAAAGUCAACAAGUGUACAUCCCACUGUAGUAAGGUUUGAUUGUAAAAAUAUCCAGUGGGACCAUACCUGUAUGAUCAUUGCUUUUUUGCUUCCCUGUCUUUUCAAACACAAAAGUGCGAACGAACUUACACUUACAUUUAAGGGCUAACUGUAUCCGAUAAUUAAUACCAAAAUCUUGAUCCGUGAAACUAAAUGACUGAUUGACUGAGUGAGUGACUUUGUGAUUGAGUGACUGACUGAUUGAGUGAGGGAGUGAUUGAGUGAAGGAGUGGGUGAUUGAGUGACUGACUGACUGAACGAUUGAGUGACUGACUGACUAAAUGAGUUAUUGAUAUGCAUCUAUUUAAAUGUAUUCUUUACCAUUAAGGCAUUGUAAUGAGCGUAUUGGGUGCAUAAUUUAUAAGCACGUACUGAUAGCCCCGUGCAGUAUAAUUCUUUAAGGGGUCGAGAUAUCGCAAAAGUAGCACCGGAUUCGGGUUCCGGGAGACAUAAUCACAUAGAUUGGACUAUCUUAUUGUUUUAUUUCACUGGAAUUUAAGAUAUACUGGAUUUUGAGCUUCUGUUAAAACUGUGCUGCAUUCUUAUCGAAUUUUACCAUUUAAAAUCAAUAAUUCUUUAACGGAUCAAUAUAUCGGGAAAUUAACACCGGAUUCGGAUUCAGCGAGCCAAAUUCAUAGAGAUUUCACUAUCUUAUUGUUUGAUUUCGAUGGAGCGAGCGAACGAGCGAGCGAGCGUAUUUCGUGUGUGCACGUAAAUAGGACGUUUGUGUGAAAAGGGUGCUUAAUGCAAAACAUAUUUUGCUUAUAACUUGUUCAUUUUUUAUCAUUUUUCAUUUUUUUUCAAACUUUUAAACAGCACUAUAAACUGUUUAUGUUUUAAUAUAAACACAAAAAUUGAAUUUUUUUUGUUAUAAUAUACAUAUGUAUUUUUUGAUUUUUUUUUAAAUUAAUAACUUUUUUAUUUUUGAUUUUUUUUUCAAAUUUGUUUUCAAACUUUAAACAACACUGUAAACUGUUUAUGUUUUAUUAAAAUUGUUGU